GUAUAUAAGCUUCAUUUUGUAAAUGCGACUUAACUAUUUUCAUAUUUAUUUGUCUCGCCCUAUCAUUUAUUUCUGCAAUUUUUCUUUUAUUUUUUUUUUUUAUUUCUAAUUUCACAUCAUCCUCCACACUCUAAUUUAAACAUUCUAAACACUCUUACACGAAAUCAAUGAAUAAUUGUAAUUCCUUGAUUAAACAAGAAUAUAAUAGUGCGGAAUAAAAGAAAGAAAAAAAGAACUCGUUCCAAAAAAAAAAAACCCUCGCGUAUCUCGCGAACACCACAAACUUCUAUUUAGACACAAUUGCAUAGAAAGACGGCUUAGACGAGCAGGAACGCGUGUGCGGCAAGAGGAUCCUCACCACGGACUCGUCCGGCCGUUUCAUCGUUGGCAAGGACUCGACCCCCAUGCAACUUUGGCAGCACGUCGACUCCAACGGUAAACUGCACUACUCGUUGUUGCCCGCGUCGAACGACGACGCGAAGAAGCCGGAAGAAAGCUUGGACGUUCCCCCCACCCUCGUCAAAAUGGAGCAGGACGAGGAGCAACGGAGCGAUCGUUACGAUUGCGUCCACUUGUGCGAGGUGGAUUUUCACACUUGCGACAAGUGCGGCAUGAAGUUUCCCGCGGAGAGCAUGUUAAACAGACACAAGAUCUCCCACAAGUGGAAUCUCUGCCGGCUUCGUGGAAAACGUUGGAGCAACGGGGGUGGUCACCGGUCGAAGGGAAGAUCGGCGGGUAAGAAAUCGAGGCGGAGAUACGAUUGCACGUCGUGCGACUUUAGUUGCAGCAAGAUGUGCUCGUUGACUGUCCACGUGAGGAAGAAGCACGGAGGCACGGCGAAGGAAGAUUCGAAGAGUAAAAUCUUGUGCGUGAUUUGCGACAGGAAAUGCGACACUCGAUCUAUCCUGAGCAAACACAUGGAGGGGCACAGGGACGGGGAAACGAGUUACUUGACGUGCAACAGUUGCAGUUUCUCGUGCAAAAGGAGCAGCACCAUGGUCUCUCACGUGGUGCAGAAUCAUCAGAAGUUGAAUAUUGAGGAAGGGAACCCGAAGAAGAGGUGCAAGGUGAAAUGCAAUGAUGAACCGAAGAAGGAGGAAUCUAAGGAAAAAACCUUAGAUUCUUUGGAGGAUAAAUACGAUUCGAGCGGCGAGUUCGAGUGCAAAGGCGAGCUUGCUUCUUCUGUCGCGACUCGAGCGACCAAGAAACAAUCGGCGAAGAAGAUGGCCGAGGAACGGUGCAAUCUCUGCGACUUCAAGUGUUCGAAAAAGAGCACCUUGUACUCGCACAAACGGCAACACAAAAUCGUGGAGAUCAGCGACGUGUACUCUUGCAACGAAUGCGUGUUCAAGACGAACAAAAAGUCGUCUUUGUACUCGCAUAUAAAGAGGAAGCACAAGGUGGCGAAAUCGUGCGCCAACGACGGCCAGCCGCAAUUGUUCUACUGCAACCAGUGCGACUACAAGAACAAGAACAAGUACGAAUUGAAGGUCCACGUGGCCAGGAAGCACACGGACGACUUCAAGUUCUCGUGCGAGACUUGCGGCAAGAAAUUCAAAGUGAAAGGUGAUCUCACUAACCACAUACGUUUCAGCCACAAGGAGCAACCGGUUAUCUGCGACGUUUGCGGGAAAACGUGUUUGAACAGCAACUCUUUGUACGUGCAUCAGAAAUUCGCCCAUUACAAGGCCAAGUACGAGUGCCAGGUGUGCAAGAGGCGGAUGGUCACCCAGGAAAAUCUGAACGAGCACAUGAUCAGGCAGCACGAGAAGAGGGAGAACGUGGUCUGCGAGGAGUGCGGGAAAACGUUCUCCAGGAACAGCAGGCUGAAAGUCCACAUGAGGAUCCACACAGGCGAUAAACCGUACACCUGCACCGUAUGCAACAAAUCGUUCGCCCGUAGAACAGCGUUGAAGCAACACUUGUUAAUUCACACUGGGAUCAGGCCUUACGUCUGCGACAUUUGCGGCAAGGCGUUCACGCAGAAGCCCGGAUUGAUCAGCCACAGGAAGUCGCAUCCCGGCUCUCAUCCUCCACUUCCUAGGGUGUUGAUCGAUCAUAUACUGAACGAAGUGAUGAACAAUUGAGAUUAGACAAUAAUUAAGGAGGAAGGCGAUCGUUCACACACACACACACAGUGAAUGGAAACGUUGUCUUGUGCAAUUAGUGCUUCUUUUCAUUUCUUAUUUGUUAGCGGACUAUGUAAAGGAUUAAGAUACUUUUAAGAUAUUAAAAUAGGGAUAUACAGAUUAUCUGUGUUAUUUUUACAGUUUAUUAGCUUUAUUAAAAUCCUCGCUGGAUGGAGAUUUAUUUGUAAAGGGAUACUUUGUACAAGUAUCAUUACAAUGGACUGUAUGUUGCUGAGAACGUAGAAGACAUGAGGAAAGAAAUAUUUGAUUUUCCUAUCAUCUUAGAAUUUUUAUGCCCCAAUCUCAAUAAAUAUUAGUAUCAAACGAUGUGAAUUUCAUCUCUCAGAUUUUCUCUCAGUAACAUAGAGUGGCAUUUUCAAAUCAUUGAAAUGAUUGUUUAAAUCUUAAAGUUGCAUACGUUAAAUUAUUUAUAAAAGUAUAUAUAUAUAUAUGAUUCUAUUGUUUCCAUCUAUGUUUCGUUAUUGAACAAUUUCGCUCAUUUGUAACACUCCAGAUGUAUAUAAUACUGUCUGUAAAACGCAUUACAAGAUCUUUUUUUAUGUAAUAUAUCCAACAUUGAAUUGAAACAUUUGUUGUACGUGCAAUAGGAUUUACAUGAUCUUCUAA